GUCUCUAUCUUUGUCUCUCUCUGUGCCAGGCGCCAACCCCACAGCCUUUCUCUCGUUCCAGAUAGUUUUUCCGUUUUCACUUCUCUAUUUUGAUUCUUUCUGAUUCUCUGUCUCUCUGAGUGUGUCCCUACGCUACUCUGUUCAAUAUUUCCACGAGAGAGGAGAAGAAGAAGAAGAAAGGGAACUCUGAGAAACAAAGGCGGUGACGAAGCCAGAUAUGCUCAGUUAUCUGCGUAUGAAUUAAUGAUGGGGAACAACAGUUUUGACUACUCCUUUAAGGUGUUGUUGAUAGGAGAUUCAGGAGUUGGCAAGAGCAGUCUCCUUCUCUCGUUCAUCUCCUCUAACCCUGUUCAAGAUCUCUCUCCCACCAUUGGUGUGGAUUUUAAAAUCAAGCAGGUGACCGUUGGUGGGAAAAAGUUGAAACUUACUAUGUGGGACACAGUAUGUUUCAUUGCAGCUGGGCAAGAGAGGUUUGGAAUAUUGACAAGCUCUUACUACAGAGGCGCACAUGGAAUUAUUUUGGUUUAUGAUGUAACACGACGAGAAACCUUCACAAACUUGUUGGAUAUAUGGGCGAAGGAAGUAGAGGUUUACUCUACUGAUCACGAAUGUGUCAGAAUCCUUGUUGGAAACAAAGUUGAUAGGGAAAGUGAAAGGGCUGUAACUAGAGAAGAGGGGAUGGCUCUUGCACAGGAGCAUAGAUGUUCAUUUUUUGAAUGUAGUGCUAAAACUAGAGAGAACAUUCAGCAGUGCUUUAAAGAACUCAUUUUGAAGAUACUUGAGGCACCUAGUCUAUUAAGGGAUGGAUCUGUGGUAGUGAAGAGACAAAUUAUGAAGCAGAAACAAGGACAAGAAGGACCUCACAGCCGUGGUUGCUGUUCUUGAUCAAAAUGCUAGCUCACUUUGAUGGAUGGCUGUCUGGAAACUGCAUACAAUAUAUAUAUACCAACUCACAAAUUCAAAAUUGUUGAGUCCUUUGAGGUCCCCGUUCUACAGGUUGAUCCUCCCAUGCGUCUUCAUGAUCAAAUGGUGCUAGUUGGUGACAUUUUCGACAUAUGUCUGCACCGGAGCCAGUGCUGUUGCUGUUUAUAUAAUAAUUUUUGGAUAAGGGUUGUAUAAUGCCUGCUAUCUGAUGGUUUUCCUACCCCAUUUUUGUAAGUUUUAUUAGGUGCAGUAUCUGAAUGCACGAUGGCUUGUAAGUUACUUGUUUGGACAUGAGAUGUAUAUAGAUUGCAUUAGAAGCAAGACAUGGCCUUACUGGUUGUUGCAUUUUCAUUUUUAUUCACAAUAAAAGAAUCUCUUUAGGUCUA